AUGUCCGACGGCAAGAACGAGGCUCGCGCUCUUCGGGUGCUGGAAGUGAUGAACGACUUUCGAACACUUCAGACCCACAUCACAUCGCUGGUGACUAGAGCAGAAGCGAGCCCUCCAGAUCAGUCAGCGUACUAUCUUGGCGGUUACACUGUCCUGCGUCAAUGCAAUGCCGAAGCACAAGCGAUACUGGCCACUCAUUACAACCCUGGAAACUUGGGGAUUGAGCCUGGCAGAGUGGCAGACACCGAAGUUCAAAAGGCAACUCUCCAACGAAUCAUCCUUGAUGCUUCUACACGACGGUUUCAAGCACAUAAAAUUUACCUUCGCGCGGCAGCUGGCAUGAGAUGGGUGCGACUGCGAAAGGAGGCUAUGGAUGGUAGCUGGCCUGUUAAUAAGAAAGCACAAGCAUUACAGGCAAUUGACCAACGUCUACAACAGGAACUCAACAACAUCAGCGAUGAAUCCGUGGUCAACGAUCUCAGAGCUGCUGACCGCCGCAAGAGCUAUUGGCUUGAUGAAGAUCCUUCCCUCGAGCGCAUGCUUGCCUGGAUCCGGAGACAAAGAUGA